AGCCCCGCCCCCGCCUGCCCACGCCCCCGGAAAAGAGCCCCGUCGCAGCGGUCCGCCUCUCCCGCGGGGCCCGGCGGCGGAGCCAUGGCGGCAGCGGUAGGGGGGCAGUUGCCGUGGCGGGGGCUUGUCGCGCUGGGCCGGGAGCUGGCGGCCGAAUGGGCGGCGCAGGACGUGCGGGCUGCGCUGUGCCAGCUACUGCUGCUCUGGCUGAGCCUUAAUCUCCUGGGCAUUCAUCUGGCCUGGCGAGUUUACGGCGAGGAGGUGGCCACGCUCUGCUACCGGACCGGGCCCACCGCCCGCCGGUCCCCUGGUACCGGCUCCAACUCCGGCCCCGGGCCAGGCCGGCCGCGCGCGCACUCCUUGUCCCCUGCCAGCCCCGCCAGACGCAACGGCGCCGCCGAGCGGCACUGCCCGCCCCGGGAGGGCUCAACAGCAGAGCUGGCAAAGACACACCGGGAGUGAGGAGCACCGGGAGCGAGGAGCACCGGGACCAUCGGGCACUGCCUGCAACAUUAAAGCACUGUGCCCCACCUGC